GUCGCCCAUCCAAGCAUGGACUCCCUCUCCGUUCGACCGACAUUCGGCUCAUGCGCGCGAAUAUCUCUCAAUACCUCGAUGGGAAGGAUGCUUCGGAGGGCUGGGCGCUGCGUCGCGCACUGCACUGACGGAGGCCGUUGGUCGACAGUCCGUCGAGGAGAGAGGAAGGCGUCGCGCAUCGCGCGCGGGGCAAUCGGGGAUCUCACGGAAGCGGUGAAGAGCGCAGGGAUCGAUGAUCAGGCGGAGGUGCUGAUAGAGCUGAAGAAUGUGAAGAAAAGCUUCGGGAAGAAGGUUGUGUUGGACGGGGCAAGCUUCAAGAUCAGGAGAGGGGAGGCUGUGGGCAUAAUCGGUUCCUCUGGCACUGGGAAGAGCACAGUCCUCAGGAUAAUGGCCGGCUUGCUUCAGCCGGACGAGGGCGAAGUCAUCAUUCGUGGCAGACCGCGUGUAGGGCUUCUGAGUGACGAGAAGGACCCUAACUUAAAGGUUGGAAUGGUGUUUCAGAGCGCGGCACUGUUUGACUCCUUGACGGUGGGCGAGAACGUUGGAUUCAAGCUAUAUGAGCACAGCGAUCUGCCGGAAGAUGUCAUCAAAGGUCUUAUAAAGGAGUCUCUCGCUCAAGUCGGGCUGAGUGGCGUAGAGGAUAGAUAUCCGGCUCAGUUGAGUGGUGGCAUGAAGAAGCGUGCCGCUCUCGCGCGGGCCAUCAUCAAGGAGGACAUCUCUGACAACGAUGAUGCCCUCGAGGAGGUCGUGAUGUAUGAUGAACCCACGGCCGGUUUGGAUCCGGUGGCAUCGACCGUGGUGGAAGAUCUCAUGCGUAAUCUUCACACGGGAAACAAGACCGCAGCCAGCUACGAGGAGAAAAAAGGAGGCGUUGCGAGCUAUAUUGUUGUCACGCAUCAGCACAGCACAAUCAGACGCGCUGUGGACAGGCUCAUCUUCUUGCACGCCGGCAAAGUAGUUUGGGAGGGCACAUCAGAAGAGUUCGACACCUGCGAGGAACCGAUUGUGCGUCAAUUUGCCACGGGGAGUCUGCAAGGACCGAUAGUCUAUUGAGUAACGUACGUCUAUUCAUUC